GUAAAGUGAAAGAUACGUGCUCGUUCUGUGUUUGGAACUUUAUCUUUUUUUUUAGUCUUUGUUUCCGUACCCCUUUUGCGUCUUUGAGGGUUUAAUUGAGAGUGAUUUGUUGAAUAUUUGUUUCUUUUAAGGAUGCUUUCUGUUUGAAUUCUUGUAGUGUGCCUUUCAGCUGUUCAAAGUUUUUGAGCGGUGGAACAUUCUUUUUUGAUGCUGUGGUUUUCCUGGAAUUUAACUGAAAAUUGGAAUCUGUUUUGAAGUUUUAUGAUAUGAUAAAUGGUGUAAUACUUUGUACAAGAUUGAUCAAUAGCUUAAAAAGAGUUAAAAGGGCAUGCUAAAAAGCCCCAAUUGAAGAAAUGGAGUUCAGCUAUAUUUCUAAUACUUUGUACAAGAAAAUUGGAAUAUAUUUUGUUUGUUCCAAUUUUGGUCUUUAUUUGAAUUAUUCGAAACUUGGUAUUCAGCUAUUGAUAGAAAUGGAGUCAUCAACACAGUCGAUUGAAGAUUCAGUGGAAAAGCCCCCAAUUGAAGGGAAACAUGAGGAAACAUUGUCGGCUCAUGAUUUAUCUGAAAAAUCAGAGCUUCUCAAGUCAUCUUCUCCAGUGAGUGUUAAGAAUACUUUAAAAAGUGCCAAAUCGAAUGAUUCCAAGGACACUGCCAGUACUGUGAUAACCAAUAGGAAAACAGAUAUUAAGAGUGGUUCAGUUGCCAAUUCAACUAGGAUGAGCUCAACUUUGACAAAAUCCACCAUUAGUAGUGCUUCACGGAGCUCAGGUUCGGUGCCAGUGGUUAGAAGAAACAGCACUGGUGGCUUACCGGGCAAAAAACCAACAUCAGUGACAAAACGACCGGAUACUGUUGUAGAGUCAGUGGCUGGUACCAAGGGAAGUUCUUCAGGAGAUCGUUUAAGGAGGUCCCUCCCAGAGGUUCGGAGCUCAUUGCCUUCUCUUGUUACCAGACCCACAAGUAGAUCAAGCAUUUCUGAUGUUAGAAAGUCUGCCCCGAUUUCCCCUGUUGCUAGAACUCUGAGAAGCUCCUCAUCUUCUGAUGUAAGCAAGCCUGAUUAUUUGAAAAAAACUCCUGUGAGGCCAUCUCCUCCUUCUGUUUCAUCAACUAAGAGGGUUGCUUCCACGUCAAUGGACAGUACUGGCAGCUCUGUGGUUAGAAAGAUGGUCGGAAAGGUUUCUUCUCCAUCUAUUAAGUCACCGUCCGUUUCUAGUGGGUCAAAAGGUGGUUCAUUGUCAACAUCAAUGGACAAGUAUUCGAAUUUGUCUAGCCGAAGGAAAGCAGGAACUCCUGAAAGUCGAGACUCUCGCCUUAUUAUGCUUCCUCAAGUAGACAGCAAAGCUGGUGAUGAUGUGAGAUUGGAUCUUAGGGGCCACAGAAUUCGUAAUCUCAAAAGUAGCGGGUUGAACUUCUCGCCUAAUUUGGAGUUUGUAUAUUUGAGAGACAACCUAUUGUCUACUUUGGAAGGCAUUGAAAUACUGAAUCGAGUGAAGGUUCUUGAUUUGAGCUUCAAUGAUUUUAAAGCACAUGGUUUCGAACCACUUGAGAAUUGCAAAGUUUUGCAGCAACUCUAUCUUGCUGGAAACCAGAUUACGUCAUUAAUUAGUCUCCCUGAGCUACCUAACUUGGAGUUCCUCUCUGUUGCUCAAAACAAAUUAAAAUCUCUGGCAAUGGCAAGUCAACCUCGACUUCAGGUAUUAGCUGCUAGCAAGAACAAGAUAUCAACUUUAAAGGGGUUCCCAUAUUUGCCAGCCCUCGAGCAUUUACGGGUGGAAGAGAAUCCUAUUCUUAAGAUGCCUCAUCUAGAAGCUGCUUCCAUUUUGCUAGUCGGCCCUACUUUGAAAAAGUUCAAUGACAGAGAUCUUACUCGUGCGGAAGUAGUGCUCUCGAAACGGUAUCCUGCACAUACAGCAUUAUGCAUUCGAGGUGGUUGGGAGUUCUGCCGGCCAGACCAGGCAUUUGAUUCAACAUUCAAUUUUUUGCUUGAACAGUGGAAAGAACAACUUCCACCAGGUUAUCUGUUGAAAGGGGCCUCGGUUGAGCAACCGUUUGAAGAAGAUGCAUGUUGUUGUAACUUUGAUUUUGUCAAAGAUGAAAUUGAAAGUUGUGAUAUAGGAUUGCUCUUUAAAUACCAGUGGUAUACUGGAGAUAAAACUUGUUCGAACUUCACCCCCAUUCCUGGUGCGACUGAAAAGGUUUACUGGCCCAAACGUGUGGAUGUCAGUAAGGUACUGAAAGUGGAGUGUACCCCCAUCUUAGGUGACACUGAGUAUCCUCCUACUUUUGCAAUAUCUUCCCCUGUUUCUCCAGGAACUGGAUGUCCAAAAGUUUUAAAGAUCAACAUACAAGGAGAUCUUGUGGAGGGGAACACUGUUAGGGGCCAUGCUGAGAUUGCUUGGUGUGGUGGAACUCCAGGAAAGGGAGUGUCUAGCUGGUUGAGAAGACAUUGGAACAGUAGCCCUGUUGUAAUAGCUGGUGCAGAAAGCAAUGAAUACCGUCUAACCCUUGAUGAUGUAGACUCUUGCUUGGUUUAUAUGUUUACACCUGUGACUGAAGAAGGUGUUAAAGGGGAAGCUCAAUAUGCAAUAACGGAUCAUGUAAAAGCAGCUCCUCCAUCAGUUAACAAUUUGCAAAUCAUCGGAGAAGUCAUGGAAGGAAAUACGGUGAGAGGAGUUGGGGAAUACUUUGGUGGAAGAGAAGGUCCCAGCAAGUUUGAGUGGUUGCGCGAGGACAAGAAUACUGGGGAGUUUGUAUUGGUGUUGACUGGUACAAAUGAGUAUCCGGUGACAAAAGAAGACAUCGGUCGGCGAUUAGCAUUUGUGUAUAUUCCAGUAAACUUUGAAGGGCAUGAAGGAAAAUCUAUGUCAAUGACCUCUGAGAUUGUCAAGCAAGCGCCUCCUAAAGUAACCAAUGUGAAAAUAAUUGGUGAGUUAAAGGAAGGAAGUAAGGUUACUGCUAGCGGUAUUGUCACUGGAGGAACUGAAGGGUCUAGCAGAGUACAGUGGUUCAAAACAAAAUCUGCAGUAUUUGAGGGUGAGCAAGCUCUUGAAGCAUUAAGUACCUCCAAAAUUGCCAAGGCAUUUCGGAUUCCAUUGGGAGCAGUGGGGUAUUACAUUGUUGCAAAGUUCACUCCUAUGACCCCAGAUGGUGAAGUGGGUGAACCAGUUUAUGCUGUGGCUGAUAAGGCAAUUGAAACUCUUCCUCCGAGUCUGAAUUUCUUGUCUAUCACGGGUGAGUAUUCUGAAGACAGCUUGUUGACAGCAUCAUAUGGAUAUGUCGGAGGCCAUGAAGGGAAAAGUAUCUACAAUUGGUAUCUUCAUGAGGCUGAAAAAGAUCUGGGUUCUGUUAUUCCUGAGCUCUCUGGUCAAUUACAAUAUCAAAUCACAAAAGAUGCCAUUGGAAAAUUCAUAUCUUUUACUUGCACGCCGGUACGAGAUGAUGGAAUUUUGGGUGAGCCAAGAACUUGUGUUGGCCAGGAACGAGUUCGUCCUGGAAGUCCAAGAUUGCUUUCUCUACAAAUACUGGGACGAACUAUUGAAGGCACCCUGCUAAAUGUUGGGAAAAAGUAUUGGGGGGGUGAUGAGGGAGAUUCUGUUUACCGUUGGAUCAGGACCAGUUCAGAUGGAGUUAGUAAUGAAAUUAUUGAUGCCACUACACCAUCAUACCGGCUAUCAGUGGAUGAUAUUGGUUUCUUCAUAUCAGUUUCAUGCGAGCCUGUGCGAAGUGAUGGGGCCCGUGGUCCUACAAUGCUCUCUGAAAAAGUUGGACCUAUUGUUCCAGGUCCACCAACCUGCCUUUCACUUGAUUUUCUUGGAUCAUUAAUAGAGGGAGAGCACUUGAGCUACAUUGCUUCUUACAGUGGCGGGAAAAAAGGAAAUUGCUCAUGUGAGUGGUUUAGAGUGAAAAGUGAUGGUAUUAGAGAAAAAAUAAAAUCUGGAGAGUUUCUAGAUUUAACUCUCGAUGAUGUUGGAGAAUGCAUAGAGCUUGUAUAUACCCCCGUUCGGGAUGAUGGUAUUAAAGGAAACCCCACAAGCUUGCUGUCUAGUCCAAUUGCCCCUGGGGAGCCUGUCGGCUUUGACUUGGUAAUUCCUGAUUGCUGUGAGGGCGAGAUGGUAGUGCCACAGAAGAGAUACUUUGGAGGUAAAGAAGGUACAGGGCUGUAUAUCUGGUACAGGACUAAGAAGAAACUUGACAUAUCUGCUCUGAUGAACAUAUCUGAUGGUACUGAUGAUACUUGUGUAUGCUGCAAGACAUUGUCAUAUAUUCCCUCAAUUGAUGACGUUGGAGCCUAUUUGGCCUUCUAUUGGCUGCCAACUAGAUUAGAUGGUAAAUCUGGAAAACCAUUGGUGACAAUUUGCGAUUCUCCAGUUUCCCCAGCUCUCCCUGUAAUUUCCAAUGUUCGUGUAAAAGAGGUCUCCUCUGGUAUUUAUCUUGGUGAAGGAGAAUAUUUUGGUGGAUAUGAAGGACUGAGUUCAUUUAGUUGGUAUAGAGAAAAAGAUGAUGGAACCAUUACUCCCAUUGAUGGAGCAAAUGCUAAAACUUACGAAGUCACAGAUGACGAUUACAAUUGCUGCCUGCUUUUUGGGUACACACCGAUUCGAUCAGAUUCUGUUACUGGAGAACUUAGAUUGUCCAAGGCAACGAAUGUGAUUCUCCCUGAGAUUCCUACUAUUGAGAUGCUCGUCCUGACUGGUAAAGCUGUUGAAGGAGAACUGCUGACAGCUAUUGAAGUAAUGGCAAAGAGUGAAAGUCAACAGAAGGUGUGGACAAAGUACAAGAAAGAUGUGAGAUACCAAUGGUUUUGUUCAUCAGAAAUGACAAGUGGUAGGUCCUUUGAACCGCUUCCAUCACAGCAAUCAUGCUCUUAUAAAGUGCGAUAUGAGGACAUUGGUCGCUGUCUGAGGUGCGAAUGCAUUGUGUCUGAUGUGUUUGGAAGAUCAAGUGAACCAGCAUACGCAGAAACAGAUUAUGUUGUGCCUGGCAAUCCUAGAAUGGAUAAGCUGGAGAUUGAAGGUAGAGGUUAUCAUACUAAUUUGUAUGCUGUACGUGGCAUUUAUAGUGGAGGAAAAGAAGGAAAAAGUAAAAUCCAGUGGCUUAGGUCGAUGGUUGGAAGUCCUGAUCUCAUCACUAUUAAUGGGGAAACGGGAAGGAUGUAUGAAGCUAAUGUUGAUGAUGUGGGGUACAGGCUAGUGGCAAUCUAUACUCCAGUGAGAGAAGAUGGAGUAGAGGGUCCUCCAUUCUCGGUAUCGACAGAUCCAAUUGCCGUUGAACCUGACGUUCUCAAAGAAGUGAAGCUGAAUCUUGAUCUAGGAUCAGUGAAGUUUGAGGUGUUGUUCAACAAGGAUCGAUCAUCUAAAAAGGUUGCUGGACUUGGAAAUUUAGAGAGACGAAUUUUGGAGGUGAACAGGAAAAGGGUUAAGGUUGUAAAGCCAGGUUCCAAAACUUCAUUUCCAACCACUGAAAUUCGGGGAACUUAUGCCCCACCUUUCCAUGUGGAGCUUUUUCGAAAUGAUCAGCAUAGGCUUAGAAUUGUUGUGGACAGUGAGAAUGAAAUAGAUUUGAUGGUACAGACUCGACACUUGCGAGAUGUUAUCGUUCUUGUCAUCCGAGGCCUCGCCCAACGGUUCAACAGCACAUCUCUGAACUCUCUGCUAAAACUAGAGGCAUAA